AAAUUAUUUACACGGUGCCUUUUAAUGACACGGACCAGAAGCAACAUCUGAAAGCUGUUUUGUUCUGUACGUAAACUAUACUCGUUGCAUAUCUUCGAAUACGAAACCUCAUCACACGAGAGCCUGAAGCGGCUCACGAGGGAACGAUGAUGCGUUACUGGGGCGAGAUCCCCGGGCCGGCAGGCGCUCCACCGAGCCGCAGCUCUUUCGACCUGCUCCAGCGCGAGUUCCGCUCGGUGGAGAUGCAGGACCCCCCUCUGCAUCAGCCCUCGGCCCAGCGGCCCCGGCCCACCACCAUGCUGGACAUUCCCUCUGAGCCCUGCAGUCUCACUAUCCACACAGUGCAGCUAUGCCAGCACACCCGACGCCUCCGCAGCCUCCUGGCUGCAGCCCAGGGGAAAGGUCUGGUCCCCUCAGAGGGCGGUGGUGCUGGAGGAAGUAGCAGGCUGGAGGAAGGGGAAGCUCUUCCCCCAAGGCCACCCACACCGCCGGCCGCCCCUGAUGACCUGCUGCCCCUGGACAGCAAGGCACCCUGGCAGCCCUUCCAGCUCUGCCACAGCGACCCCGAGAGUGACUUUUACAUGGGAAAAGGUGAGCCCGUCACGGAGCUGAGCUGGCCCUCGUGCCGACAGCUCCUGUACCAAUCAGUGGCCACAGUCCUGGCCCACGCCGGCUUCGAGUCGGCCCAGGAGAGCGUGCUGGAGACCCUGACUGACCUGGCCCACGAGCACUACCUGCGCCUCAGCCGACUGCUGCGCACGGCCGCGGACCGCGAGGCCCGCCUGGGCGCCACACCCUUCCCGGACGUGGUAGAGCAGGUGUUCCACGAGGUGGGCAUCGGCAGCGUGCUGGCCCUGCAGCGCUUCUGGCAGGUGCGCAUCAAGGACUACCACAGCCACAUGCUCCAGGUCAGCAAGGAGCUGUCGGAGGAGUAUGAGCGGCUGGUGAACCCUGAGAAGGCCCUGGAGGACUCCAAGCCCCCGCGGAUCAAAGAGGAACCCAUGAAUGACAUUGCCUUCCCCAUCAGCGAGGAGCCAGAGGCGGACCAGGCCUCUGGGGAUCAGGCCCUCCCCAUGGGGGUUCUGGGGGCCCCAAACGAGAGGCUGGCUGGGGGCCUGGAGGGGGAACACUCACCACACACCUCAGGCAGUGGAGUUGCCAUCAGCUCCCCCUUGUGGCACCUGUCGCAGGUGAAGAUGGAGCCCCAGGACAGCGAGGAGGGCCAGGUGUCAGGCCACGGGGUACUGGGAGGUGAUGUGUUCGAGGAGGGAGGGCCCAUGUCCACCAUGAGCGAGGCAGACGGCAUGGCGCCCUCGCCCGGAGGGGCGGCGUCGGACGGCAGCUACGCCUCGCACUCUCCCGACUCACUCAUGAGCACGUCACCCGUCUUCAACCAGAGGCCCAGGAAGCGCAUGAAGAAGAUAUGAGGAGCCUCAGACUUGCGGAGGUAGCCAUUUUGUGUCAAGGUAACAUUGGCACAUAGUGGCCAUACGAAACAUUGCAAGGUUGCAAACAAAUUCCUAUGCCGUUGUCCAUUUUCCCCGAACAGAUCUGAAAGUAUUGGAUAGGUCUCAGCACGAGGGCCAUGCGCGCUAGUUGGUGGCAGAACAUGGGAGUUAUUCUAGAAUGCCAGCAAAAAAAAGCCUCUAUUUACAUGCUGCUUAUGAAUGCAUUUCACACUACUUUUGGAUUAUAAUUGGAUUUUAAGGCUCGUGUGAAUGUCCUGCUUUAUAUAAUAUGUGUGUCAUCAUCGCAAAUCAACUGCAUUAUACGUAAAAAAAAAACACUUAACCUUCAACCAGUAAAAUGGCUCUAUGACAAUGAGCGUUAGCAUUCUAGCGAACAACUGCUCCAUGCAAAAUAGUUAUUUUGCAAAGAUCACAAACAAAUGUAAUCUUAGCGACUUUUCAAGCAUUGUAAAAGUUAUUUUGUUUAGAAGUAAUAAAAAAUGUAAUAUCGUCUGUUGAAUGAGCGCAGCCAAGAGUCGCGCACAUCUGUGGGUGACGUCAGUGUGUUGUGUACUGGAAAGGGGUCUAUAUGUCCUAGUGUUGCACGGUAUACCGGUACCACAGUACCAAAACGGCAUGAUACUUAUGAUACCAACAUUUACAAAUACAAGUACUACCACAUAUUUCGCCCCCACCGAUCUAAAGAACCCACUGGCGCCUGUUCUAAAAUGCUUACAAAGUCAGUUUUGUUUAUAAAUACAGUUAAAUUUAAGCGAACUAGUCUUGUAUGUCUUGUAUGUGCCAGUCCAAUAAAGUCCACUUCACUUUCAUGCGCAUAUCACGUGUGGCAGCUGUAAUCCGCCAGCCACAUCCCCUAUCAGCCCUUACUCACCUGCUUUUCUCCUUCCGCUCUUCCUGCACUUCUAUUUCAUCAGUUUUUAUAAUAUAAUUUAGCUGUGAUGGCAAGCGGGGAUGCAGACCCCGAGGGGCCUUCAGUUAAAUGUUGAAGCAGAGCGAGAAAAGUUAAUACAUUGUCAAAUUGUAUUGGUCACAUACACGUGUUUAGCAGAUGUUAUUGCGGGCGUAGCGAAAUGCUUGUGCUUCUAGCUCCGACAGUGCAGUAAUAUCUAACAAGCAAUAUCUUAACAAUUACACAACAUAUACCCACAAAUCUAGUAAAGGAAUGGGAUUUAAGAAUAUAAAAAAUAUAAUUUCAUCCCUGGUAUAACCAGGACCACAGUCCAAUUUGAGUAGGCUUUGCAAGUUCGCUGUCAUGCAGCCUCUUUAAAUGCCAGAGAGGAAAAGCAGCUUGGCUAAAGACAUGACUGCAGUAUUACAGCAAAGAAAACAGCUUGUCUAGCUCAAAUGGUAAAAAAAAAAAUGUAUAUAUUCCUACGCAAUUUCAUGCAAAAAAAAAAUUCAAAUCAUUUCACAAACCAUGUUGCGGGCCGUUUGAAUCCAGGUUCGCUAAUUAUUGGUUUGAUAAGAAGAAGAAAAACGUUGUUCAGUCAUGUUACCUAGCUAACAAUCUUGUAACUUGACAGUAGGUCUAGCCAAAUUUGAUUGCCACAGGAAGAAAGGAAAAUGAUCUGCUACUCAUGAGAUGUGCUUCAAAAAAGUAGGAUUUAUAUAGGCCUAUUGUAAGCCUAAACUAUACUGAACAAAAAUAUAAAUGCAACAAUAAAAAAUAUUUUAUAAGUUCAUGUAAGCAAAUCAGUCAAUUUUAAAGAAAUUCAUUCGGCCUCAAUCUAUAGAUUUCAAAUCCCCUGGGCAGGGACGCAGCCAUGGGAGGGCAUAGGCCCAUCCACUUGGGAGACUGUUCCACCCACUGGGGAGCAAUGCCCAGCCAAUUUUCCCCACAAAAGGGCUUUGUUAUAGACCAAAAUACUCCCCAGUUUCAUCAGCUGUCCGGGCGGCUGGUCUCAGACGAUCCCGCAGAUGAAGAAGCAUGAUGUGGAGGUCCUGGGCUAGCAUGGUUACACGUGGUCUGCAGUUGUGAGGCCGGUUGGAUGUACUGCCAAAUUCUCUAAAGCGACAUUGGUAGAGAAUUCAUUCAAUUCUCUGGAAACAGCUCUGGAGGACAUUCCUGCAGUCAGCAUGCCAAUGCCAUACUCCCUCAAAACUUAAGACAUCUGUGGCACUGUGUUGUGUGACAAAACUGCACAAAUCAAAUGAAAUGUAUUUAUAAAGCCCUUCUUACAUCAGCUGAUACCUCAAAAUGCUGUACAUAAACCCAGCCUAAAACCCAAAAGAGCAAGCAAUGUAGAAGUGUAGAAGUGGUGUAGAAGCACGGUGGCUAGGAAUAAACCUAGAGAGGAACCAGGCUAUGAGAGGUGGCCAGUCCUCUUCUGGCUGUGCCGGUUGGAGUGACCUUUUAUUGUCCCCAGCACAAGUUGCAUCUGUGUAAUGAUCCUGCUGUUUAAUCAGCUUCUUGUUAUGCCACACCUGUCAGGUGGAUGGAUUAUCUUGGCAAAGGAGAAAUGCUCACUAACAGGGAUGUAAACAAAUUUGUACACCAAAUUGGACAGAAAUAAGAUUUCUAUGCAUAUGGAACAUUUCUGGAAUCUUUUAUUUCAGCUCAUGAAACAUGGGACCAACACUUUCCAUGUGUCAUUUGUAUUUUUGUUCAGUAUAUAAAAAAAAUCUCUCUUUCUGGUGCCCCUUAAAUUAUGCUUGGUGACUAAUGUUUUUAAAGUUGGGAGCAGUGUGUAUGUGUGUGUGGGAGAGAGAGCGGUGUGUGUUUAUGAGAGCGAGGGAGGCAGUAUGUGGGUCUCUUAACUGAAGAGUAAAGAAAAUGUAAUGUAGCGUUUUCCCCUUACUGCCACAAUGACAUGCAGAUCAUUAUGCAUGUAUAUUCCUUCCUCCAACCAAAUCACAAGUAGGCCUUUGGAAGUAUGAUAAAAUCAGCCAUUUCUAAGCAGUAUUCUAUUAUACAAGUGAACAGUGUGAAGUUAAAUUCAAUGUGUUGUAUUGAGUAGAAGUGUGAAUAUCAGUGAGUUUUUUUUGUGUGUAGCAUAUGCACAUAACGUUUAGAAACAUGAACAAGCGUCAGUGGGGGAUGGGGCGAACAGGACGCUAGGCCACAGAAUUUUUUUUUCCUGUGGUGUUGCAAUACUACUCGUUAUUGUGAUACUUGGGUUGAUAUCGUAUCGUUAGUAAAAUGUUGGUAUUGUGACAACACUAAUAUGACCAAAACGUAACCCAGUGUCAGCCAUUUUGCAUACUUCUACCCAAUCCUUUCAGAUACUAUGAGGGUAUAUGGGUGCUGGGUUGGCUUAGAUUUGGGUGUGUUUCGGAAAGGCUGUUGAGUAGUAGAGAUGGCCAUUCUAUCUACUGAACUGGGUGGUCAUACAACGUUCUUCAGAAGGACCAUUGAGAGACUGCAGAAUGCAAAUGGAUGGCCAUGAAAGGAAAUAACAAGAUGGCGCGGUUACACAGGUAGUACUUAUUUUCUCUAUUUUCAAAAUGAUUCAAUGGCUCUUAGUUUUGUUUUUUUCCACCAACUCCUCACUUGAUGAACUGAUGGUGAAGACAUUGUAGUUUAUGUUCUUGCAUGUAGGAAACAUUAGUUGGAUAAAUGCUUUCUUUGAGAUGGUGUUAAUUUAAUGUUAAAAUGAAUAAAUGCCUUCUUUAUGUCAAA